UUUGUCUAUUGAUUCGUCGCUGCCCCACCGACUGAUGUGAAAAUUUUCUUAAACAUUACAAAUGUGAUAAUAUUGUGUGAAUAUUAUAUAGAAACCGAAAAAUACAGGAUUAACAUAAUAUUAAUAAGUACCUUUCUUAUAAGAUAGCUUUAAAAAGUGAGAGUAAUGCAGUCGUAGUACACAUCUCUUGGUGAUCGUCAAAUAGCUUUCGAUCGUAUUUUCGCACGUCCUGUUACAAACAAUUGCAAGUUUUUACAGCGAAUUAGCUGUUCCCAAUAUUCGUAAUAGUGUAAGAAGUGUAAAACUGUAGUGGUGCAGUGUGGUGCAGUGCAGUGGUGUCGGUCGAAAUGUAUCAGUGAGGACGGCUAGUGCCGAGCGAGGGUUCCCGGGUGUCAUGUUGGAGACGCGGUCGGUGCGUACCGCUGACUCGGUGUGGGCGAACAAGCCGCUGCCGGCGCCUCACGCCAUGGCUAACUCCAGGCACGGGAAGAACACCCAGGACGACGUGUGCUACGUAGUAGCGAAAUACGAUUAUGCGGCACAAGGCGCACAAGAGCUGGACCUGCGGAAGAACGAACGUUAUCUUCUCCUCGACGAUUCAAAGCACUGGUGGCGCGUACAGAACGCUCGCAGUCAGUCCGGCUACGUGCCCAGCAACUAUGUCAAGAAGGAGAAACCUUCGCUCUUCGAUAGUAUCAAAAAGAAGGUGAAGAAGGGUUCCGGCUCGAAGACGCUGCCGUCCAACAGCUCGCCGGUGCGCGGCGCGGGCCCCGAGUCGCCGGGCGCGCGCCGGCCCGAGCCCGCCGACGCGCUGGGCACGGCCGUCGUCAAGUACAACUACCAGGCGCAGCAGCCCGACGAGCUGUCGCUCACCAAGGGCACGCGCAUCCUCAUCCUCGAGAAGAGCAACGACGGCUGGUGGCGGGGCCAGUACCAGGGCCACACGGGAUGGUUUCCGUCGAACUACACGAGCGAGGAGGGUGACAACGAGGACACCGUGCACACGUACGCUAUGGCGGAAAACGUUUUAGAUAUUGUUCAUGUACCGUCCUUCCAGGUGGCACUGUACUCGUUCACGUCGAACAACGAGCAGGAGCUGUCGUUCGAGAAGGGCGACCGCCUCGAGAUCAUCGAGCGGCCGCCGUCCGACCCCGAGUGGUACCGCGCGAGGGACAACCGCGGACAGAUCGGCCUCGUGCCCCGCAACUACCUGCAGGAGCUCGCGGACUACCUCACGCAGCCCUACAGCGAGGCGGGCGAGGGCGGCGCGGCGGGCGGCGCGCGGGGCGCGGCGGGGCGCGCGUGGUACUACGGCGCCAUCACGCGCACGCACUGCGACGCGCUGCUCAACCAGCACGGCCACGACGGGGACUUCCUCAUCCGCGACUCCGAGACCAAUGUCGGCGACUUCUCGGUGUCCCUCAAAGCGCCCGGCCGCAACAAGCACUUCCGGGUGCAGGUGGAGGGCAACCUGUACUGCAUCGGGCAGCGCAAGUUCAACACGCUGGACCAGCUGGUGGCGCACUACCAGCGGGCGCCCAUCUACACCAACAAGCAGGGCGAGAAGCUGUACCUCGUGCGCCCGCUGCCGCGCGCCGCGCAGAACUGCUGAGCGCGCGGCGCCGCGACGAUUGCUAACUUCCGAGAGGACGUAUCGAGAGUCAACUAUAUGAGCGUAGUAGCUGAAAACCUAAAGAUACCUCAGUAUGUCAUAGGCCUUAUCUUAUCUUCAUUGACGUGUCAAAAUUGAGUGAUCGAUUUCAAUUUAUAUUUAUUCAAAUUUGUAAAUAAACCUCUGUUAGUAGAGUAAGUUUUGCUAAAAAUCCGGUAAACUCGUUACGACCUUUCCGAAUUAUGAAAGUUAGCAAUCGAUAUUAAUACGUUACUAUUUGUGACAUUGUCAACGAAUUAUACGAUUCGGUUUGUAUAAAUUGCGUUACAUCAUUUUUUUCUAAUAAUUAAUUAAUAGAUAAAAAUGAGGCCUAAACAUUUCGAGGCUUACCCUGUCAUUUGAUCUUGGUUAGAGAAAUGCAUUUA